GUGAAGAUCCAACCACACAAGGAGAAGAGAAAGAAAAAGGAAAGAGAAAGGAAGUAUCUGUGGGGAAUUGGAAGCAAAAGAAAGAUGCAGCAGGAUUUGGUGUGUGGAUAGGGAGGGUCCAGCGUAGUAGCUGUGUACCCACAAACGCUACGCAACACAACACAUUCUUCUUACACACCACCGCAACCACUUUCUCUCAACCACAAUAAUUCAACUGCUUCAAGGUUUGGACAGUGUUACGCCCUUCUCGAAACAUGACCUCUGCUCACAACCUUACUGUGGAAUCGUUACAACAACAGUAACUCAUCCCUGUCUAAGGAAUUGUUAAUGGAGAAGUUUCUACUCCACAUUAAGUUGAAAAUGGGAAAGAUGAAUAGCUACUGGUAUAAUGAAGAUGAAGGGCAGCACCAGUCCGAGUCCCAAGUGCAGUCCCCGUCCGCGAAUGGAAUUUCUGAUUCCGGUAUUAGUACCCAGAAUGUCAAUGUACAGUAUGCAACACCUGGCCAGCUUGGAGCUGGGCAUGCAAUGGUACCACCUGUGUAUCCAUAUCCAGAUCCUUAUUAUAGAAGCAUCUUUGCUCCCUAUGAUACUCAACCUUAUCCCCCACAAGCCUAUGGUGCACAGCCAAUGGUCCAUCUUCAGUUAAUGGGAAUUCAGCAAGCUGGUGUUCCUCUUCCAACUGAUGCAGUUGAGGAACCUGUGUUUGUCAAUGCAAAACAAUAUCACGGUAUAUUGAGACGUAGACAAUCCCGUGCUAAAGCUGAAUCAGAAAAUAAAGCUAUAAGAAAUAGGAAGCCAUACUUGCAUGAAUCUCGACACAUGCAUGCACUGAGAAGACCGAGAGGAUGUGGUGGUCGGUUUCUGAAUUCAAAGAAAGAGGAGGAGAACCAGCAUAAUGAUGUGGCAUCAGCAGACAAAUCACAAUCCAAUAUCAAUCUGAAUUCUGAUAAAAAUGAUCAAACAUCAUCAGAUAGGACAUCCUGAAACUACAGAAAUGACAAUAUCUUAGACAGUGGGGUGAUCGAUUGUAUGUGAGAGGAUCAAUAAUACCUGCCUUGGAUAUCCCACUAUUGCUUCAUUCUGGCUUUGUACAAACACUGUAGGUUUUGUGUGGUAGGUUGGUACGUUAGGAUGUGGCAUGAUGCAGGUAAAAUGUAAAUUGAAGUGAUUUAUCAAAUAUUGGCCUUUGGUAGGUGAGAUUUUUAUGGUGAGCAUUUUCUUUUGUAUUUGGUACUGUAGAGAGAUUAGAGAUUGUCCGAAGCCAUGUUUGGAUUGGUUGGAUCAUGUUUAUUUACCUUGCUGGAGGCAGUUCAAGGAGUUUCAAGUUUCAACCAUGAUUAGUGGUGAAUAUUUUUAGUUCUUUCUGUUCAGUAAUUAUUGAUAGAUAGAUAAAUAAGGUCAACGUUCUUACUGA